UUCAUGAUUUUGUGAAAGUCAAUAACUCAUUCGGGUGCACACAAAGCCGAUAUCCUGUCAUCUCCCUCUUUCUGUCUUUUCUGAGUUUCUCCUUUUUAUGAUCCUCUGUUUUUUCAUUACCUCAAUGGCCUACCGCUAAAAUUCGUGGUCUCCCACAUCAUAUCGAAUCCGAAUUCAGUGAUCCAACACAAUCCAAUCAUCAACGCUCGAGGUUCAGCACCCAAUUUUAGUAACAAAGAGGCACACCUCGUAGCCCUCGCACUUUCCCUAUCUCCAACUUAUCCUCAACAUUCUUCCAUUUUCCUCUGCGGAAUUGAGUCAACGGUUGAAUUGCAAAAAAAAGGUUUACUGAUUGGGUAUUUGCGAAUCUGGGUUUCUUCCGAAUUUCCAAAAUUUUGAUAAGAUUGAGCAUGAAUUGGCUUGAGAGUGGCUCCGCGAGCUAGGGUUUCGAAACUUUUGAAUUGGAUUUUUUUUUUAUUACCUGAUAAAGUAUGUGCGAAUCAAUGGAGGCUUAUAAGACAUGGGUUAGGAGGAACAAAGACUACGUACACUCUUUGGAGUCUCUUGCCAAUGGAUUGACGUGGCUUCUUCCCGAACGGUUCUCCACUUCAGAGAUAGGGCCAGAAGCAGUAACUGCAAUUUUGGGCAUAGUCACCGCCAUCAAUGAGCAUAUAAUCGAUACUACUCCUUCUGAGAGGCAUCCUGGCUCUGCUGAUCCUUUAUCAUUCCCUUAUGGGUUGUGCAUAUCUGCACUAAAGGACUUGGAAACUUUGGUCGAAGUUAUCGCUGAGCAAUACUAUGGUGAUAAGAAAUGGAAUUUCAUUGCUGUUACAGAAGCUAUCAAGGUGAUUGUUAGAUUAGCUUUAUUUCGGAACAGUGGAUAUAAAAUGCUUCUUCAUGGAGGAGAGACUCCAAAUGUUGAAAUAAGUUCAGACGAUACAGGUUCACAACAUAGAAUCGGAGGUUUCCCUAGGCCUGGAGGUCAUCACCAUGGAGCUGGUUUGUUACAAAACAAUCAUGGGUCAAACCCAUGGACUAUUGAACGAAGGGCAUUGUCUGCUUUGAGCAGAUUUGGAGAGAGUGCUAGGAUGGUGUCUGACCCUGUAUGGUUCCAGAGAAUUCAACAACAGCAUGCUAUUAUGGCGCCUCCAACUUCAGUUAUUAAAAGGCCUACUCUUUCCAUGAUUUUGUCGGAGAAGGGUGUUAAUGGAGCUUUAUUUGUUCUAGGGGAGAUCCUGUUUAUUACAAGACCACUUAUUUAUGUUUUGUUCAUUAGAAGAUACGGAAUUAGGUCAUGGAUUCCUUGGUUUCUUUCUCUGGGUGUGGACUUCAUUGGAUACGGCUUUCUAUCACAUGUUACAAAAUCCAGGAUGGUUGAAAGAGAACAAUGGUUCCAUCUUUCUGCCUCUGAAAAGGAUGAGGUUAAACGACGGAAACUGUUGUGGGCACUUUACCUCAUGAGAGAACCAUUCUUUAGCAAGUAUACCAGGCAAAAGCUUGCCAGCACUGAAAGCCUAUUGGAGCCGGUUCCUUUAAUUGGGACUCUAACAUCAAAACUGGUUGAGCUUAUAAUUGGAGCUCAGACAAGGUACACGUACAUGUCGGGAUCUUAAGAAUGCAGCCGCGCAAGUGCUUCAUGGUUUUGUUGCUGUUGUAUUUCUUUUAACCAUACAAAAGCAAAGAAGCAGUAGUUGAUAACUUACAAUCAAUUUUCUGUUACGUUGUUCCGUCUCAAGCCAGGCACAACAAGAAGAAGUUAGUCUCUGCUCAUUGAUGCAAAACAAGAGAACAGGACAUUAGUAUGUAAAAGGUGGGGGCAUUUGUUUGAGGAGUUUAGUUUUGUUUGCUCUCGUGUAUUGUACUGUUUCAUCCAUGCAGCGGAUGGAUUUCUUCUACUUGUUUGAAGAAUUUUGGUUCUGUUUGAUUGGAAAUCCCAAGAAUUCAAUUUGUGUUCUUAGUUCUUACAAAA